GCCUGAGUGCAACUUCUCUCUGUCCGCUGCUGAAUAUCUGCCAUCUCUCAUACAUGUGGUCAGCCUAUAAUUAUGGAUGAUCACUGGACACAAACAGCAUAUAACACAGAUCACUGGACAAGUAACAAGACAAAACUUCAGAAUACGUACAUAGGACAUUCAAGACAGACCAAGCUAGAAAUCAAAACUAGCCACAGGAUGAGCCAUGUAAGGACGUUUGAGGGGAUUCCCAUGUCCAAGUUCAUGAGGGGGCUGUGCAAAGAGGAAGACUACGCGUUCCUGGAAGAGAUGGAGAAACAGCAUCAAGAGACAGACUCACUUGAGGAACAAAUGAAAGAAGGAAAAGAUGACAGGGUCCGGCGUCGACAGAUGCGAGAGCAGCAGGAGCAGAAGAGACUGAAAGACUUGGAGGACAGCAGGAAGGAGAAAGAGAGGCAGUGGCGUCAUCAUGUGGCAGAGCUGGCCUCCACUCAGGAACAGAGACUUAGAGAUCGACUGGCACGACUCCGCCACUUCAGGGACUUCCAGAGGAGGAUUCUAGGAGAGGAGAUGUCCCUUGAGGCAGACUCUUUGUCCAUCCAGGCCUUGGACCAGCUACUCACCAGGAUCUAGACAACAUAAAGCCACAACAAUUUGCUUCAUUAUGAACUUCUCCAUUUGAGUCUGUCUAGCUCUGUGUUCAUCUCUCUCCACUGACCCCUGCAAGCUGUACAGUCUACAGUGAUUAAAUAGUGUAUUUCUGGUGAA